AUGGCUGUGAAGAAAAAUAUUGAAGAUGUUCAAGGGAAAGACAAUUAUCCAUGUGGCCAGCAGCUAUUGAUUCACAAUGGAAAGGUCUUGAAGGAUGAAACUACGCUCGCUGACAACAAAGUUUCUGAAGACGGUUUUCUUGUUGUCAUGCUUAGCAAGAGCAAAAGUCUGGGUUCAUCUGGGACUUCAUCUUCUCAGCCCACUUCUACAACUGCAUCAACAACUGCAUCAACAACUGCACCAGUUUCAGUUUCUGCUCCGCCAGAGCAAGCGACGGUCCCAAAGAGCAAUGUAUCUACCUCAGAUGCAGCAGGAGCUAGAGAUCUUAACAUGGAGCUUAUGGAAAAGAUGAGCAUGUACAGACCACAUGCUGAUACCUAUGGUCAAGCUGCCUCCAAUUUAGUUGCUGGUAGUAAUCUUGAACAGACCAUUCAACAAAUAAUGGAUAUUGGUGGCGGAAACUGGGACAAAGAGACAGUUAGCCGAGCACUUCGUGCAGCUUAUAACAACCCGGAGCGAGCAGUAGAUUAUCUUUACUCUGGAAUACCUGAAACAACAGAAGUUGCUGUUCCAGUAGGUCAUUUGCCCGCAACUCAGAUAACAGAAACAGGUGCAGCCCCAGUAAUUGGUGCCUCUGGAGCACCUAAUUCGUCUCCUUUAAAUAUGUUUCCUCAGGAGGCACCAUCUGGUGCUGGUGUUGGUGGACUUGGAUCUCUGGAAUUUCUGAGAAGCAAUCAACAGGUAUUAUUCCUGUGA